UGGGUGGACAAACCAAAUGUCAAAAUGGCUUUCAUAGCCCUUGUUUAUUUAGUAGUUUUUGUGCAUAUAACGCCAACAAAUGUGUUUUAAACGUGCAUAGUGGGUGCUGAAGUGAUUAUGAUACACAAUACCGGGGCCUAUGGGCCAAACGAAGCCCCAAUCAACAAGGGUGCCCCUAUAAACAUGACGCAUCUAAACGUACCUACGAUUCCUCAUAACUUGAAUAAUUUGAGUAAAAUACCUCAGCAAUCGCCACAUCCUACUACAGGAAGUUACAAUCUACCAAAUUAUCCACCGUACGGGUACCAGUCUGUAAAUAUGAGCCACCAAAUGCCAUCAUAUCAGAACUACCAUUCCAAUCUUUUACAAAGUAGCUACAUAGGUCACCAAUCAUCAAGUUCCUUAGUCCACACAGGCUGGCAAAAUGGGAUGUUGCCCAUGAAUUUGAAUAUGCAAAAUCAGCAGCCGCCUAACUCAAUAAGUCUCCAACAUUUUGACAAAAGACAUGACAGUGAGUAUAAAAAUGAUGAUAUAUUUCAAAAAUUACCUUUAAACAUUCCUCAAAUCCAAAGUAAAUCUUGUCCAAAAGAAAUACCAGCUUUGACUGAUAUGAAUUAUGACCAACAAGAAUCCUGUAACAAUAACUUUAAGUCAACAGAAAACUUGGAUUUAGAUGUAAAACAUCCAGAUAUAUUGGAACAUGAUGUUACAAGGCGAAAAACUUUAGAAAACACAAUCAAAAUGAUUGAAAACAUAUUAGUUAAUACGACUAAAAAUAGAGAGCAGGAAUUGUGUCGAGAAAAUACCACAAAAAGGGCAUCAGAAAAUGAAACAUAUGAAAAUUGUACAGAUAACGAAUUAAAAGUAAAUGAACAGUGUAAUGACCCAUUAGCUUUGGAACAGGAGGAUUCUGACAUGGAGAAAGACAUAAAGCCAAAUAUAUGUAACGAGAAAUUAACUGUAUCUAUCAAAACUGAGUCUCAAUCAAUGGAGGUGGAUAGUGUGUUUCUUCGUGAUAAAAACGGAGUAACAAGAGAUGUUAAAGACUCCGUGAUAGUUGAAAGUGAUACUAGUGUUAUGGAAGCUGCUGAAGCCAUCAAAGUUGGUGCGACAUCAAAUGUGGUCUAUGAAUGCCCACAUUGCAAGCUGUUGAUUCAGCAUCCUAAAAGGUUCCUCAUACACACAAAGUGGCAUGUGUUUGGCCUCACACGGUGUAAGCGAGUGGAACUGGCCAGAGUGAAGUCUGAAAGGCGUAUACAAUUACGAGAAGAAAGAGACAGGGCUAACUCCAGCCAACUGACGAGUGAGGACAUCGAGAGAGGGGCAGCGUUUUCAUGCAAAGACUGUGAUAAGUUCUUCGGAUCGAAGAGCGGCUUAAAGAACCAUAGACAGAGAGUUCAUCCCACCCGUUCGCGACAGUGCAAGAUCUGCAAGACGCCAGUGCUGGGCUGGGCGGCGCUGCGCGCGCACGUGGCCGGCCACACGGGCGACGCCGGCUUCCAGUGCGCCGACUGCCCCAAGAGAUUUAAAUAUGCACACUCGCUUGCUAAACAUCGGGAUACACAUUUGGAGAAGAUCCACGGGUGCGAUCAAUGCACGAAGAAGUUCGGAUCUCAAGCAUUACUGAAGAUGCACAUGAAGACGCAUGCGCGUGCGCUGCGAGGGACCACCUUCAGGUGUACUUACUGCGGGAAGGGGUUCUACGAGGCUUGGAACCUGCAGGUCCACGAACGAACGCACAGGAACGAGCGUCCGUUCUUGUGUGAGAUAUGCAACACUGCGUUCGGGACGAACUCCAGCCUCAAGAGACAUCUCAAAGUUUCGCACAGUUCAUCAAAACCACACGAGUGCCCCACCUGCCACCGCUGCUUCAUGUCCGCCGUUAUACUGGAGAGGCACGAGAGGAGAGUACAUGGCGACCCUGAAGAUUUCAAGUUCCAGUGCAAUCAGUGCACUUGCAGGUAUCUGACAUCGAAAGACUUACAGAAACACGUGUACAAGGUGCAUCCUAAGAGCAAGCGGAAGAGAAAAUCAGAGAGCGACAGCGAAUGAACCUUACGUGCAAUGGAAUAAGGUGCAAUUUUGAAUAACAGCUUUUAUUGCAGGUUUGGAUAUUGUAAAACAAAUUACGUUUCACUUUUGGCGUGUAGUAAAUGAUCUAACUAUUGUGCUUACCGUGCAUAAACUUUAUGUUUUAAAAAUGGCGGUCUCUAAGCAUAAAUCUAUUCUUUUCGGCCAGUAACUAUGAGUAUCUGGUAAAUCGAAGAGUUUUUCGAGUUCCGGUCCCCCUACUGAAUACAAGAUUUGGACAAAUAUUAGGCUUAUUUAGUAAAAACACAUAUUUACAACUACCUAGUUAAAUUUUGUGACAUUAAGAAAAGAUCUAUACCUGAAGCCCAGAAAAUAGUUAAUAAUUGGUUGUAUACGCUAAGCUACGACGCAACAGAAGAAAUAUUAUUGAUUGAAAGUUGAGUCUAAAUAUUCACUACCCGACCCACUUCCGACCACUGGUUUAAAUUUAUGUUAAAAGUACUAUCUGGGCUCGGAAACCCUGUGAACCCUGGAAAAUUUUUGAUUGAUUUCUAUGUUGAAAUUGACUUGUCCGUUACAGGCUUGCCUAGUGAAGAAGUUAUAGUUAAUAAGAUUAAUUUGUUAAAUUUCUGCAAUGUAUGUAAACCUAUCUUGUAAAAUGUUAUACUUAUUGCAGCAAAUAAAUUCAUUUUAUGUUAUUGCUAUUCUUAUGUUCUCAAAGUGUAUAUAUGUAUUUAUAUACAUAUAUAUAAAUAGGAAUUUUGAGAAAUUGAUCCUAACCAUAAUAUUAGUAAAUUUUUUUGGAAGUACCUUUUUUUUAAUCCAAUACAAAAUAUCGUUUAGAUUUGUUUUAUACUUACUGUAUAUUUUCUAUUCUAUAAAUCCCUCAUAUAUAAUUUCUUAAUACUUCCUAUGUAUAUAUGAAAGCACCAGAUAAAGUUUUAUUAUAUGUAAACAUUUAUACAGGGUGAUUUCUUAUACAUUGGCACUAUUUUAUCUACAUGCUCGGUCGAUGGCACUGAACAACCUUGAAAUCGUAAAAAAAAAUCAGCUGAUCCAUACGUUUACCACAAAUUGGGUAUUACAUUUUGUAUAGAAGAGCUGAUUUAUUUUUUCGCAAUUUUGGUGUUUCCCCCGUACUAAAUGUUGUUCAGAAUCAUGGACUGAGCAUGUAGACAAAUUGUUGUCAAUGUAUAAAAAGUCACCUUGUAUUUUGUGUUAUUUUUAAGAAGGUUUUACUUUACCUAUUCUUCUUCGUAAAUGUUCGCAAAAGAACGUCGUACUUUGUAUAUAUGUAUUUUUAAAAAAAGGGGGGGGUGGGAGUCUACCACGAAACAUAAUACACGUAGCACGUCGUUACUUCUACAAAUUCUCUUUUUCACACGAUGCGUACACGAUACGGGAGAAAGAGACAGCAUGUGGACGUUAGUAACGAGCUACGCGUUUGUAUGUUUCGUGGUAGACCUUCUGUACAUUAGAUAUAUAUAGAGAAGAAAGAAUUCCCGCGGGAUUAUGUGGAACCAGUAAUCGGCCACGUUGUUGUCGUCAUCGACGGUAGCGUCGCAUCCAAGGAAAUUCUGUCUUGGACUCUAGAUAUUUGUAAUUUUUAAUUAUUGUUGUUUUAAACGUAUACUUGAGUUUUUUUGUGGUUAUUUAUUUUAAAAAAAUCACAAUUAGCCAUUCUUUUAUUAGUGGUAUAUAUGCUUUGUAUACAUUUGUUACCUUAAUAAAAAAAGUCGUGCAUGAGAUGUUAGGGUAAGCCUUAUAAUCAUUAAAAAUAUUAAAUGAAUUAAUUAAACUGUAUUGUUCCGAUUAAAAUAAUGUAAUGCUAAAACAUGAAAAACAUUCUAAAAGAAUUCUCCCAUUAUAUGGGCGACGAAUGUAUUAGUCUAUGGCAACAUUUAUGUCAAAAAUUUAAAUUAAAUACUAUAUGAGAAGAAUCUCCAGUUUACAUGCCUUCUUUUUUUUUUCUUAUUUAAAUAGACAAGCGACACAAUGCCUUGUACUGCCAGCUUGUUAUAUACUAUUAUGAAGUUUUUAUGUUACGACAUUUUAGUUGCCACUUCCAUGCAUGGAGUGAAUUAAAAACAUAGAAUGAGCUGGUUACUUUUCCCGCGCAGAUUGUAAAUGUCAAUGAAAUCACUUUUAUCAUCAUUAUACACAUUUUUAGGUUCAAGUAACAAAGGUAAGGUUAACCCUAGCAUCCUGUAUACUUAUUUAGAAAAAAAAUCAUUGUCUCUUAUUAGGGAAUAAUAUUAAUUGUAUAUAAGUUAUUAUAGUUUAUAGUGUUAAUAUAACCGAAUAGUUAAUAUGGUUCUAGAUUUUUUUAGAUAAAUGUGAACUUUGAAAAUUAGAUAUAAUUAUAUGAGAUGGAGGCCAAAUAUGAGAAUCAGUAGUUUUGAACAGUAGCCGUUGUGUGUUACAUUCCACAUGACGUGACCACGACUCUCAGUCAUGAGGAAUACGACUAGGUAUAUAAAAAAAUCACUUUUCAGGUCUAAAUGAUUUUUAUGAGGGUCACCACUAGCGAUUUACCGUUCUCGAAAUUAUCGAGAAUUUUCCUGUCCGGAAAUAUUCUCGGAAAUUCCCGACAUUUUAUUCGUCGUUCCCGUGAAAUUUUAUUUAUCUAUAAAGAGUAGAGCUUGUCCUCUUGGCUGGCAACACUAGGUCUUUACGAACCAAUCUUGACCAUUAUAUUUGGUAUUGCAAUGACAAAAAAUGUCGUUCGAUAAAAAUCAAUUUAUACUGUACACAAUUAGCCAUAUUUUGUUUUUUAAUCAUUAUUUUUCCAAAAUGUAUGUUAUUUUGUAUAGGACUAUAUUUUUGUUGAUAAUCGUUCGAAUAAUAUAUAACAUUAUUACUAUUAUAAGUUGUUGUUAGAUGUAAAAUUAUGUGUAAAUAGAUGUUUAAAAUCAUUAAAUAUGGAAUUUAAACGUA